AUGACUGCCACCACUCCCUUCCCCUCACACGAGCAGCCACCAACCCAGCAAAAGGAUUUGAUCCAUCCUCCUCCUCCUGCUCUUCCUCCCAUGAACCUCCCGACAAGUCAACCCCAAGCCGUGAGCACACCCCCGGAGCAGCCCAAUAUGUACACCAGCAACAGUAGAGAAGGUAACAGAGAUGGCAACCCCUCUGCUGGUCCCAAUUCGCAGCAGCACUUCCGUCCUGGCAGCGGGAGGAGAAGCAUGUCUGUUUCUCAACCACUUUCCGGCCAGCUCCCAACUCCCUCCAAUGGAAACGCUACUGCUCCUGCAGGUCCAACGCCUGUUCCGCUCCAGCAACAACAGCAGCAGCCGCACGGGCAGCCGCCUGGUAUCCCAAUAGGACCUAACAUGCCACCGUUUGAUGCUUCCAGGAGUCCCCCGAGCAACAAGAAUCUGAACCACGUGCCGUGCAAGUUCUUUAGACAAGGCGCCUGCCAGGCCGGAAAGGCAUGUCCUUUCUCUCAUAAUCUUGAUCCAUCUACAGAUCAGGCUCCUUGCAAGUACUUCUCAAAGGGAAACUGCAAGUUCGGCAUCAAGUGUGCUCUUGCCCACAUUCUUCCUGAUGGGCGCAAAAUCAACAGGUCCAGUUUCAAUAACGGCGGCGGUCAUGGCCAGAUCCAGUUUAGUCGUAUGGACACCAGCCACACUAAUCACAGAUCGGCUCUCCAUAAUUCGCUGCUCCAGGCAAAUAUGAUUCCGCACCACACUCCCAACCACAAUUUCAACGGGGGAGACGACUUCAAUGGGAUCUCUAGCAAUCAGUCUAACAACGGUGAUAAUAUGUCGAGCUCGCUCCCAGGCGACUCUCCGCUUGACAACAUUUCCACUUCUCAGAGGACAUUGGGACCCUUGGAUGCAACUCUCCCAGCUUCAUUUGAGAGACAUGAUUUCUCGUUGUUUGCAAGGACUGGACCGUAUGCCUCUUCAGUACCCAGCAAGUUCGGAAUGGAGUCUCCACCACCUUCUUUGUCUAAUGGGCGCAAUGGUGUCUUGGCUUCUCUCUACAUCUCGGCUUUCGGGGACGAAGAAAGCAGCAUUGGCGGAGGAUUGUCUCGUUCCCCUAGGGUAAAUGGCGAGGAUUCUUUGGGUCAAAGAAUCAUGCACUCGUCUAUGUCUUCAAGGCGCCAGAAGCUUCUCCCAGCUAGUUACGCUAGAGCAGAGAAUAUGGAAAGGAUGCUUGGCGAGAGGUUUCGUAAGGAUAACGUCUCAGAUGCAGACUUUGCAUUCGAGGAAGACUUCGUUCCAAGCAGCCUCAAUGAGCUUCUCACACCAGCUGAGCGGAGCAGAAGACUUUCCAGGACAGAUGAGGAGGGAGUUUCUAGCUUCCGUCACAGCUUGACCGCGCCUGGAACACCUGCGGACCCCGGCGUUAUCGGAUCACCACCUGUUGGCUCACCAAGCGGUGGCGGUGGCUGGGGACCGAUCGUCAUGAGAACAAAACGUGAUGAUCAUGAGGCCCCAACUCCCAGCCUUGGUCAUGUUGGUUCCCCACUUAGAAAUUCCUACCAUCACGGCGAUUCCAGCCCGACUUUCCGCUCCCUCGCCCUUGGACGUGAAACUUCCCCUUACCCUGGAUCACCCACCCGGGGAAGCUUCGGCGGUGUCUCUACACUCACUCAGACUAUGCAACGUGCUAGGCUCUCGUCUACCAGGAGUGACCCAUAUGAUCUACCUACUGUCUCGAAGUCUCUAGGUCCUACCGGAAAACAGAUGGAGAGGGCCAUGUCCUCUUCACACUCAAGCAACAAGGGCGUUGCGUCAAUUGAUGAGGAACCCGAGACCCAAUUCUUGAUGGAGGACGAGGAUGAAACUUCAAGCAGCCGUCCGAUCAUGAUUGGCGGUACUGGGCGUAGCUCAGGGUUGGGACUCGAGGUUAGCCAACAGCAAUGGGAAGGAUUUGGAUCCCAUCGUUAA